AUGGCAGCAGGACACAGCACCACCACCAACAGCAGCGGCAGCAUCACGCACAAACACCUCUUCCUCGCCCUCAUCAGCACCAGUACCGUAACUACACCGAUAACAGCGCAGCGACAAACUAUCAAGAUGCUGCAUUCAUGCACUGGAGGAACAGAAUGGCACAUGCAGCAGGAGCUUCUCUUCAAAGUCCUGGUUGUCGGGGAUCUUGGUGUCGGGAAAACUUCCAUCAUCAAGCGGUACGUUCAUCAGAUCUUCUCCCAGCACUACAGAGCCACCAUCGGGGUUGACUUCGCGCUGAAAGUUCUGCAGUGGGACAGUGACACUGUGAUCCGGCUGCAGCUGUGGGACAUAGCAGGACAGGAGCGCUAUGGGAACAUGACCCGGGUCUACUACAGGGAGGCAGUGGGAGCACUGGUGGUGUUUGAUGUGACCAGGGCCUCCACAUUUGAGGCUGUGCUGAAGUGGAAGGAUGACUUGGACUCUAAGGUGACGCUGAACCAUGGGAGACCAGUUCCUGCUGUUCUGCUUGCCAACAAGUCAGACCAAAUGGCGUGUCAGCUGCCCAAACUGGACUUCUUCUGCAGGGAGAACGGAUUUGUUGGCUGGUUUGAGACGUCUGCAAAGGAAAACACAAACAUCGAGGAGGCAGCGCGUUGUUUGGUGGAGCACAUCAUGAACAACGAGGAGAUCUCAGUGACAGAGCGAGAGCCCACCUCCAUCCUUUUGUCGGGAUACGCAAGCACCGCAAGGAGUCCUUUAAACUGCUCUUCUUGUUUAAAAUAAUCACAUUACAUCAGUGACAAAAGAUCUGAAAGAAAAUGUCCUUUUAUAAGCUACACGUAGUAAGUAAGAACAUUAUUUAAAUCUGUGCUCACACUCCAAUAUAGAGGAGUAAAGAGAGAGUAAAGAGAGUUUUGUUUUUUAUGGUUAUAUUUUUUGUUAUUUAACCAACUAGAAAAAUAUAAACACAUAAAAUGUGAACACUCUCAGAAAUAUUGACCUUAUAUUUAGUUUGUGUGCAAUGUGAGUUUAUGGUUUGAAUAUUUUCGUUGGUUUCUGCAAUUAACACAAUAAA